AUGUCUACGCCCGAAAACCAUCUCUUACCCGCCCCUUCUGCAUCCGAAACUGGCGACACAGCGAAGGUGGCGGUAGGCUCGGACUCGCUCAAAUUUGAGGAGCUGGGUCCGAUGGUCGUCAACUCUGAUGGGCUUUCUUUACGCUUCCGCAUCGCGUUAUCUGUUCUACGGUUCGAGAUCCAGGGUUCCUCCUCAGUCCCCUGCCCGGCGGGCAGCGGGCGCUUCAGUUACGACUUCUCGUUUUAUCCAACAUCCAGGCUGGCGGAAGACGAAAUCGACGACAACUCCCGAGUCUGGGGAUCCUCCCUUACCCCGGACGAUUCACCUGGACGUGAUCUUGGCGCUGGACGACCCGGCGGGCAAGUUUUCUCAUCCCACAGCUCCUGGAUUGCGGUACAGAAUCGACAUCUAGCCGAUCUCUUGGCUGGUGAUCACACUUCGGUCGACAGCUCACAACUACAACUAGACGAGGCAAUAUUUGGCUGGGGCUCGACGCAGUCUUCUACGCCCCGCUCGGAUCCUGUAAAAGCAGAAACACCGGAAGGGGUGAUCAAGGACGAAGAACGCAGCGUCUCGCCGUUUCAACUCCCCCCACCCUUCCAACGGGAAAACCCACCCCACCUUCACAAACGACUACCACCGUUACCCCCGCCAUUCCCACCCCCACUCCCACCCAGAUCUGGGCUGCCGACGAACAUGUCAACCUUACCGCCGACCUUCUCCGGUUACUCGGGAGAGAAUGCAGAGGACUGGUUGACGGACUUCGACUGUCUCAUGAUGGUUGGAAGGUUUGCGGAAUCGGACAGGUUGUCCAUUUUCAAGUCGAGAAUGAGGGGCCCUGCGAGAUCGUGGUACGAGGCUUUGGGAUCAGCCCAGACGUCGAGCUGGUCGAUGCUCACAACCGCGUUUGAGGCUGAGUACGCCGCGAGGGGAAGGAGCAAGGAGGAGGUUGAGGUCGAAUGGGAAGGGAUGAGGUUAGAGGAAUCGGAUCUGGCGAAGCCGGUGGUGGUGAAGGAAGGGAUGGAGACGAAGGAGAUUAGGCGGCACGUCUGGUUUGCGGAGCGGUUGUCGAACGUGGGCAAGGAACUGGGGGUGGUCGACCAUACAGAGGCCGGCAAGGCACGCCAGGCAUGGCGCAAGAUACCGGUAGUCCUGCGCAACAUGGCAGUACUUGCUACGAAGCCUCCAACCACGCUGAAGGACCUGGUGUUGGGGUUAACGAAGAUCGACGUCCAUCAACUCGACCAUUACCUUCUCGAACAGGCGCGUAUCAAACUCGUCGAGACGCGGCUGGAUGAGUUCGACACCCGAUGGAAAUCGUUACAAACCCAGGCCCGGAAGGCGGUUGCCUCUCCAGAUACGUCGGCGCGGCAGACACUGGCUGCAAACCCGAACACGGCGACAUCGGGUGGCGGGAACCGGACAGAUCGCUCUGUCGUGGUCUUCUGUGGCCCAUUCGACAAGACCCAGCAAGGCGAAGCCGAAUACUGGAGGAACGCGGACGCGCAUCGCCGCCGAUACGGGAACGGACCUGUCCAGCAUUGGAUGGACCACCCUCUGUCGCCAGGAACUGCGAAAGCAGGCAGUGGCGAGCACUUCGACUGCGGCCACAUCCACGAAUGGGGACGGAACGCCUCCGUCUGCACGAAUCCCAAACUCUUGAGUGAGAGAGAAGGGGAGUUCAGGCGUGCGGUGGCGAGGCAGAAGACGGAAACGCGGAAGCAGAACCGCGGGGCGCAGGUGGCAGCAGUGGAGGACGUGACGACGGAGGGGGUCGAGGAUACGAGUGGGGCGUACGAUAUGGGCGGAGACGAGAGUGACGAGGAAAAAGACAGCGGGGCUUGCGCUUGA